GCCCCAAAGCCCACGCCACUCUCUAGCGGAGGUCGCAUAGUUCCCUCUUUCUCUCACUUCGAAACACAAAACAACAAAUAACAAUAAAACCACCCCUCUUCUUCAAGUCCUGGAGAGAGAAACUGGAACCCCAAUUGCUCCACCCACGAUUCCAAUUAACCCUUUUCAUGGCUGGCAUUUGUGCCCAAACUUUAGUUUUUUUGGCAAAUUUGGUAUCACUCUGGUGAAACGAAGGAACAAUCCCCUUUUUCCAAAACCCUAGGAGAGAGGAAUUUCGAGUUGGGACGGCCUCGAAUUGUGCCCUAGCUUCAAAUUUCGGCGACCGUUUUCGCGCGCUCAGGUAAUUUUGUAGAAAUAAAGUGAACUGCCAUGUAAUCUCAAUUUUACUCUUACUUCUUUGAUAAUUAAAAUGAGGAAACUGCAAAUUCUGGUGGUCCUUCACAUAGUUACCUGAAUUCACCAGUUUUAGAUGGGAAGUGAUGCCCUUGGAUUUUAAGGGUGGGAAUGCAUGGAUGUAACUCAGGUUCUGCUCUCCUUGUAAAUGCUGAGGUUGAUUCCAUGGGAGGAGUUGUUGAUGGUGGAGUUGGUAUAGGUCUGAAAACCUCUCCGCGCCGAGCAGCUAUUGAGAAGGCUCAAGCAGAGCUUAGACAGGAGUAUGACGUUCGUGAAGAAAGGAGAAGGGAAUUAGAAUUUCUUGAGAAAGGUGGGAAUCCGCUGGACUUUAAGUUUGGAAAUGCUGCUUCAGUUAGUGUACAGUCUACAUCAUUCACUGAUCAGCACCAUGAGCAGUUGGUGACCAGUGAAGCUAAAGGUAGUUUUGCAUUGACUGCUUCUCCUCAUGGUGACUCUGUUGAUAGUAGUGCUCGACCAGGGGCUCCUUCUCUUAGUGAACCAAAUACUGCUGAUAACCUCUUACUUUUUGAUGGUGUAAAUGAGUUGGCCGAAGGUGAAAAGCGUUCUCUACAUUCCAGUAAAAGGAAUAAUAUUGCACCAUCAGAACAGUCUUCUCAAAUUGGUGGGACUCAAAUUGCUAAGGAGACGGAAGAUUCUGCUAUUUUCCGCCCAUAUGCUCGAAGGAACAGGUCCAGACCAAAUCAUGGUCGGGGUGCUUCAAGGGAUGGGAAAGGGUUACUAUCGGAUGCAAACAAACAAAAGGAGCACAUUGUGCCUUCUGUUUCUAAGACAAAGCCUGCUAGUUCAAAUGGUGAGAUAACUAACAAUCAGACAACUAAUCAUCCGGUGGAUAAUGAAUUGCCUGGUGUCCGGGCUCAUCAAACUAUUGGUAGUGCUAGUGUUCCUGAAGACAAAUUGGACAUUACCUCAUAUAGAAGAAACUUAAAGGAUCAAUCUAUUCUACCUUCUCAGGAUGAUGCUUCACAAAAACCUAUUAUUGUGCCUCCUGGGGAAGCAAAUGUGGUUGAAGAGAAGGACCCACCAGCAGCUUCAGCUGAUCUUGAUCCUCCACCUUCUGUAUCUACUACACCACCAGGAAAUGAGUCUUGUUCUGGUCAGCCAAAUGGAUUUGGUAACUUGAAAGUAGACAAGAAAGGUGCACCAAAAGAAGGCCAAAAUGCCAAUGAUGCACUAGGCAUGAAGUAUUUCGAUUCAGAGUCCUACACACAAACUAGUUUAGCUAGAGAUGUACAUAAUGAUAGUGAUUUGUGUACCAAUACAAAGAAUGUUGAAGCAAAUGGAAGUACCAUUUAUCAUCCAUCAGAGUUUGAGAUGAAACUGUAUUCAACCGGUUGUGAAGUUUUGAAUGAAAGGAAUAUGACUAAUGCUGGCGAAAGUGGUUCUACUGUUGCUGAUGAACAUGUUGAUGGUUUUCAAAAUAAUUCUGGUCAAAUGGUCAAAAGUGACAAUGAGAUCCUUAUCAAUAACUCUUGCAUGAAAAACAUGGUGAAUGAUUCUUCCAAUAUGGAGGGAGUGCAUGACAAUGAUUCUACAGUAUCAAAAUCUGGUAAAGAGGAAAGUGGUGUCUUGGUGGAUCAUUCCUGUUAUGUCAAGGAAAGCAGAUCUGACAGGCAUCAAGUUAUUAUGGAUAGGUCAAUUUCAGAGACUCCUCAAACUGCUUCAGCUGAAACAGUCACUGCUGCUCAGCCUGGUUAUCAACCUUGUUCUACAUACCAGUUGAAGCUAACAGACAAGGCUCGUGAAGAUUCUAUUUUAGAAGAAGCACGAACUAUAGAGGUUAAGCGGAGGAGGAUUGCUGAGUUAUCAAUUCACACGUUGCCCACACAGAACUACCAAAAAUCUCAUUGGGGUUUUCUCCUUGAGGAAAUGGCAUGGUUGGCAAAUGAUUUUGCCCAGGAGCGUCUUUGGAAGAUGACUGCUGCUGCUCAAUUGUGUCAUCGAGCUUCUUUUACCUCCCGAUUAAGAUCUGAAAAACAAAACAAAAGUCUGGGAAUGAAAAUCUUGUCUCACAACAUAGCAAAAGCUGUCAUGCAGUUUUGGCAUUCAGUUGAGUGUGAUGCCGACGAUAACCUAAUUGGUGGUUUGGUUGAGUCUGGGACUGUUGAUUCAAGUGAAGCAUCUAGGGACAAUAGAAGAAAUUCUGAUACAGUUCUGGAGGCAAGCAAAUACAUGGAAGGACAACAUCAUGUAAAGAAAGCUGCACUUAAAGUUCGUGCAUAUGCAUUGAAUUUUCUAAAGGAUAAUAGAUCUCAUGGAAGAUCCUCUCAAGCUGAAGCACCCACAACACCUGAGAAGAUAUCUGACUCUGGGACUGUGGACAUGUCAUGGGAGGAUAAUCUUUCAGAAGAAAGUCUUUUCUACACGGUUCCUCCAUCUGCCAUGGAAUCAUAUAGAAAAUCUGUUGAAUCUCACUUUCUACAAUGCGAGAAAACUGGUAGUAGCAUUCAGGAGGAGGUUGAAACAUCUAUGUAUGACACCCCAGCAGAUUUUGGAUCUGAAGAGAUUGCAUAUGAUGAGGAUGAAGCAGAAACCAGUACUUACUAUUUGGCUGCUGCUUAUGAUGGUAGCAGACCACCGAAAUCUUUACAGAAACGGCAUAAAAACAGGAUAAAGUCUUACACUAAUAGGUCCAGUGAAGUUGGAGCUGAUUUGCCUUAUGCACGCUAUACAACUGGAACUCAGCCAUCCACGCUGUUUGGAAAAAGGCCUGGUAGUUUACAUGUUGGCCCAAUACCAAUAAAACGCAUGCGUACAGCUUCUAGGCAGAGAGUUGUGAGUCCUUUCUCGGGGGUCAGCGGGACAGCACAGGCUCAAGCUAAGACAGAUGCUUCGAGUGGAGAUACCAGUUCCUUUCAGGAUGAACAGAGUACUUUACAUGGAUCACAAAUCCAGAAAAGUGUGGAGGUGGAGUCAGCUGGAGAAUUUGAGAAGCCAUUGCCUUUUGAUUGUGCAGAAACAUCUGUUAAAACAAAGAAGAAAAAGCUAAAAAAUUCGGGUUCUACAUAUGAUCCGGCAUGGCAAUUGGAUUCUGUUGCUCUAAAUGAACAGAGGGAUCAUUCAAAGAAGAGAUUGGAUAGCCAUCACUUUGAAUCCAAUGGUAGUAGUGGUUUAUAUGGGCAACAUAAUGUGAAGAAGCCAAAGACGAUGAAGCAAUCGCUUGAUAACAAUUUUGACAAUAUUGCUCCAGUGACUAAUUCUAUUCCUUCCCCAGCUGCUUCACAAAUGAGCAACAUGUCCAACCCAAGUAAAUUUAUUAGGAUAAUUAGCGGACGUGACAGGGGCAGGAAAUCCAAAGCACUGAAGGUCUCUGCUGGACAGCCUGGUUCUGGAACCCCAUGGUCACUAUUUGAAGACCAGGCACUUGUUGUCUUGGUGCAUGAUAUGGGUCCAAAUUGGGAGCUUGUAAGUGAUGCUAUCAACAGUGCUCUUCAAUUCAAGUGUAUCUUUCGGAAGCCAAAAGAAUGCAAGGAGCGCCACAAGAUUUUAAUGGACAGAACUGCUGGCGAUGGUGCUGAUAGUGCUGAAGACUCGGGAUCUUCUCAGUCUUAUCCAUCUACACUCCCAGGAAUUCCAAAGGCACUAUUCCUCGGUAGUGCCAGGCAGUUGUUCCAACGUUUGCGAGAGCCAAUGGAGGAGGAUACCCUGAAAUCUCAUUUUGAUAAAAUCAUAAAGAUUGGGCAGAGGAAUGAUUACCGUAGGAAUCAGAAUGAUAACCAGGAUAUAAAACAAUUAGCACCUGUCCAUAAUUCACAUAUGAUUGCUCUUUCUCAAGUCUGCCCAAACAACUUGAAUGGAGGUGUUUUAACGCCGCUUGAUCUCUGUGAUUCAAAUGCAACAAGCCCAGAGCUCCUAUCCAUUGGGUAUCAAGGUUCUCAUGCUGGCGGCUUACCAUUAUCAAAUCAUGGUUCUGUACCAUCAGCCCUUACAACUUCUGGGUUGAACUCUCCUAUUACACCGUCUUCUGGUAUGGGUCUUGGAAAUAACUUGUCUUCACUAUCUGGUCCGUUGACUGCCUCUGUCAGGGAUAGCAGAUAUGGAGUUCCAAGAACCUCACCUUUAUCAGCAGAAGAACAGCAGAGAAUACAACAAUAUAAUCAGAUGAUGUCUGGCAGAAACAUGCAGCAAUCUAGCAUGUCAGUUCCUGGAACUCAUUCCGGAAGUGAUCGUGGUGUUCGCAUGUUGGCUGGUGGAAAUGGUAUGGGCAUGAUGGGUGGGGUGAACAGAAGCAUUGCAAUGCCAAGGCAGGGGUUUCAAGGGAUGGGAUCAUCAUCGAUGCUCAGCUCUGGGGGCAUGAUUUCUUCCAGUAUGGUGGGGUUGCCAAGCCCCGUAAAUGUGAACACUGGAGUUGGUGCCGGACCAGGCAACUCAAUGCUUAGACCUCGUGAGGCUCUGCAUAUGAUGAGGCCUGGCCACAAUCAAGAACAUCAAAGGCAAAUGAUGGUUCCAGAACUACCAAUGCAGGUCAGCCAAGGGAACAGUCAAGGUGUUCCAGCUUUUAGUGGGAUGAGUUCUGCUUUUAAUAAUCAGACAAAUCCACCACCUGUUCAAGCAUACCCUGCUCAUGCCCAGCAGCAGCAUCAGUUGUCCCAGCAACAGACCCAUCUCAGCAAUUCUCAUCCUCAUCUUCAAGGUCCUAAUCAUGCUACGAAUUCACAGCAACAAGUUUAUGCAUUCCGAUUGGCAAAAGAAAGGCAACUACAGCAACAGCAGCGUUAUCUGCAGCAGCAGCAGCAGCAGUUUGCCUCAUCAAAUUCACUGAUUCCACAUGUUCAGUCACAAACUCAGACACCCAUAUCAUCAUCACCUAUGCAGAACAGUCCCCAAGCGCAACCACAAAAUUCAUCUCAACAAGUAUCUCUUUGCCCUGUAACACCAUCACCUCCUAUGACUCCCAUAUCAUCCCAGCACCAACAACAGAAGCAUCACCUUGCACAACAUGGAUUCAGCAGGAAUCCUGGUGCUGGCGGGUUGACUAAUCAAACGGGGAAGCAACGGCAACGUCAGGCACAGCAGCGGCAGUAUCAACAGCCUAGUAGGCAGCAUCCUAGUCAGCCGCAGCAUGUACAGUCUCAACAGCAAGGUAAAGUUCCGAAAGGAAUUGGAAGAGGAAACAUGGUGGCCCACCAGAAUCGUUCUGUUGAUCCUACACAUCUAAAUGGUCUCUCCAUACCUCCAGGAAGUCAAACUGUUGAGAAAGGGGACCAAGUCAUGCAGAUGAUGCAAGGCCAAAACCACUAUCCUGGAUCUGGUUUGAAUUCAAAUCCACCCUCGAAGCCAUUGGGUACUGCUCCUUCAAAUCAUUCCCAGUUGCAGCAAAAGCUACAACAAUCUGGACCAGCAAACACUUCAUCAAAGCAAUUGCAACCAAUAUUAUCUACUUCUGAUAGUAGCAUUCAAGGGCAAGUUUCACCAACACCAUCAUCUCAUAUAACGUCACCUACACAGCCCUCUGUUAUUGCUUCUAACCAUCAUCAACUGAAGCUACAGUAUCAGCCAGAGUCUAAGCAAAUUAAUCAGAAUCAAUCAAAUGUUCAGAAAAUGCUGCAACAAAACAAUCAGGUGCAUUCUGAAUCAUCAAACAUAUCUCAAUCUGAUUCCCCUAGAGUCAACCGGCAGCCUGCAAACGGUGCUUCACAUUUUAAUACUAACACUGCAAUGUCUCAGGGUUGUAUGGAUUCUGCUGGUGAGCUAACAGCUGUUCCUACGGCAUCUCAAUGUAAAACAUCCGAACCUCCAUUUGAUUCCGGUAUUUCCAAUCUAGUUACACAGGUGAACUCUUUUGGGGGCACACCUGUUGGUGGAAAUUCAGCUGGAAGUGAGCCACCAAAUAUUAGUCAAGGGGUGGUAUCAAGAUCGUUAUCAACCAGCUUGCCUUCUCAGCCACAUAAUGCUGUGGUGCAGUGGCAGCAGCAGCCAUUGCCUUCUCAACAGAAGUCUUCAACACAGUCUGUCCUGUCUCAACAGCCAUAUCAGCCAGCAGAAAUACAUCAGCAUCCACAGCAGCAGCAAGAUAAGGAGCGACAUUCUCCCAAAGAUGUGGCUUUGCAACAUCAACCCCAGCAGCAAGUGCAACAUUUACAACCAGGGCAGAGCAGUUUGCUUAUCCGUUCACCUAAUUCUGAAGUGGAAUGAUUUCAAAUGGAUAUAGCUGCUCCAAUUGUGCUUGGUUCUUUCAGGAUUGGGAUCUGUAUGCUCUUUUGUCAGCAGUGUACAGAUGAUGCUGGUUAAUCACAAGGGCUUUGGAUUAUGGAGACAGAUCCAUUGUUUUUUGCAGGUCCUGUUAAAGACUCAACCAAAACUACUAUGGCAGGCGUCAUUCCACACGUUAUUAUUGUUCCAGAAGUCUUGUAUAUUACCACUGCUCUUAGAGGGUUCCUCAUUUUAUUUUUUUUUCUCUUUUUUUUAGUUUUGUUUUGGAAAGAGACGAAUAUAGAGGUUUGUGUACAGGAUCGUCUCUUCUUUUCCCUUGUAGUUUCCCCUCUUCUCAUUUGUUCUUCUGCUAUUGAGCAGAGGAACAUCCUCUUUUUGUUCUACUAGAUUAGUGACUGUAUUAUUGCCCAGUUGAUUGGGAUAGCAAUCAUUUUUAUGAGCAAAAGCCAAUUCAACGUUUUGUGAAUAGAAGAUUUCUGAUGUAUGCACCAGCCAAUGUCGCUGCCACAUCUCCCUUGGUAUUCUAACAAGCUGGUUCCUAACCAUUUUUAAGUUUCUUAGUUGCAGCUGUUAAAAUUAAUCCGUGUUCUUGUGUAGAUCAGCAGAUUGCACGGUUUAGAUCAAAAUACUUUUACACAGCAUGUUUUCUUCAAUCGGAAUCUGAACCGUUAUGAGGGGCGAAACUGGUUACGAUAAUGUUUAUGGCCAAAGGUUUCAUUGUAUACUGUGUUCUUUAAUUUAGAGUGUGACAUUACACUAAUCUCGACGAACGUUA